CGCUUAUCUGCACGGCACCAUGGCUUGCUCCGUUCACUCGCCUCGCUGAGCCGCAGCCGGCCAAGUCACGGUCCGAAGCCGUCAAUCCUCCCUCAUCCUCCUCACUUUCGUCGCGUGAGCACAUUGCCCACCAUCACCAGCCGCAGCCAUGGACGCCAUCAAGAAGAAGAUGCAGAUGCUGAAGCUGGACAAGGAGAACGCCAUCGACAGAGCCGAGCAGGCCGAGUCGGACAAGAAGGCGGCGGAGGAGAAGACCAAGCAGCUCGAGGAUGAGCUGGUGGCUCUGCAGAAGAAGCUCAAGGGGACAGAGGACGAGCUGGACAAGUACUCGGAGGCCCUCAAGGACGCCCAGGAGAAGCUUGAGGUCGCCGAGAAGAAAGCGGCUGACGCCGAGGCUGAUGUGGCCCUGUAA